AUGUCUGCCACAGCAAAGAAACUGUUAGUGGACAUACACACUCAUGUCUACCUCCCCCGAUACGCCUCAUUGUUGAGAUCGCGCUCUUCUGUUCCCAAAAUUUGUUCUGUGACUACCUCAGACGGAACCCCACAGGAACGCCUCCUUAUCUUGAACCAUGAGCCCAGUGGUGGUCGCCCAGUAGGACCUCAGUACUGGGAUCGUGAAGAGAAACUGAAGUUCAUGGAUAGGCAUGGGAUAGAUGUCUCUAUCGUCAGUACAGCAAAUCCGUGGUUGGACUUCCUUUCUGCACCUGAUGCGCAAACACUAGCCUCAGAGCUCAACAAUGACCUUGAGCAGUAUUGCUCAACGUCCCCACGUACGUCGAGCGGCAAUUAUAGCAUUAAGCGGUUGUAUGGGUUCGGAUUGUUGCCCCUCGUCCCAGAGAUUACGACAUCCGCUGUUCUCGACACCGUCAACCAAAUUGCUCAACUUCCACAUCUGCGUGGUUUGAUCAUGGGGACCAAAGGCAUUGGAAAGGGUCUUGAUGACGCUGCACUUGAUCCUGUGUGGGAUGCGAUCGAAAAAGCCCAACUCGUGGUUUUCUUGCAUCCCCAUUAUGGUGUCAACGCGGAGGUUUGGGGAGAGGUAAAUAAUGGGCAUGUUUUGCCACUUGCGUUGGGCUUCCCUUUUGAAACCACAAUUGCAGCAACUCGUGUCAUCUUGUCGGGUGUGUUGGACCGGUUCCCUUCGCUUCGACUUCUUCUGGCUCACUCGGGUGGAGCCCUGCCCGCACUUUCUUCUCGAUUGGCGUCGUGUAUUGAUCACGAUCCAAUCGUAGCAUCGAGACUGAAACAUGACGCUCGAUACUAUCUUGGAAAGUUGUAUCUCGAUGCAGUUGCCUACGGACCUGAGGAGCUUGGCUUCGCAAUCCUCAACCGAAGCAUUGGGAGUAAAAGGAUGCUCUUCGGGACUGAUCAUCCAUUCUUUCCUCCUCUCACAUCGACCGAGAAAUGGAAAAGCGUUGUGGAGAAUCUCGAGGCCAUUGAUCGUGUUCAGGGGUGGAGUCGAGAAGACAUAGACGGCGUUUGUGGAGCCAAUGCUCUUGCUUUGUUUAAUCUGACUCAAUAA